UUCUACGGAAGAUACUGUUGGCUAUAAAACAGUUGAAAACUAAAGAUCUCUUCGAUCCCAAAACAAAUGAUUUGCAGAAACAUAACCACCUCUGCACUACACAGCCGCAACUUCUUUCUAAACCUCAUUAACAAGGCCACUACUUUCUCUCACCUCACCCAGACCCACGCCCAAAUCAUCCUCAACGGUCUCCACAACGACCUCGCAACCGUCACAAAGCUCACCCAGAAGCUCUCAGACCUCAACGCCAUCGACCACGCCACUCUCCUCUGCUCCAACUUCCCCAACCCUGAUUUAUUUCUCUACAACGUCCUCAUCAGAGGCUUAUCAAAUAACAAACAACCCCAAAAGGCUCUAUCUUUAUACCUCGAGUUGCAAAAAAAGACUACCCUUUUGCCGGAUAACUUUACUUACGCAUUCGUUGUGGCCGCCUCGUCGUGUUUGAGUGAGAAAGUUGGUAUUUUGAUUCAUGCCCAUUUGAUUGUUGAUGGGUAUGGGCCGGAUUUGUUUGUUGGGUCUGCUCUGGUGGAUAUGUAUUUUAAGUUUUCGAAUGUUGGGUAUGCGUGCAAGGUGUUCGAUGGAAUUCCUGAACCGGACACGGUUUUGUGGAAUACGGUGAUUUCUGGGUUGGUGAGGAAUUGUUUCUUUGAAGAGUCGUUGAGGGUUUUUAAGGAUAUGGUUGAGGGUGGGGGGAUGCGAUUUGAUUCGACAACGUUGACUGCAGUGCUUCCGGCCCCUGCAGAGCUGCAGGAGUUGAGAGUUGGGAUGAUGUUGCAUUGUUUGGCAGUGAAAGGCGGGUUUCAUUGUCAUGAACAUAUUCUCACGGGUUUGAUUUCGUUGUAUUCGAAGUGUGGGGAAAUUUUUGUAGCCAAGUGGUUGUUUGAGCAGAUUGGGUGGCCUGAUUUAAUAUCUUAUAAUGCAAUGAUAUCUGGGUUUUCGUGUAAUGGUAAGACUGAGUGUUCACUGAGGCUCUUUAAAGAGUUGCUUGUUUUAGGGCAGAGAGUAAAUUCGAGCACCAUGGUAGGUUUGAUUCCUGUUUUUUCUCCUUUUGGGUGGCUAGAUAUUACACGUUCAGUUCAUUGUUUCUGUAUGAAGACUGGUAUGGUUUCAAAUACCUCAGUAUCGACUGCGUUAACUACUGUCUACAGUCGACUUUGCGAAAUUGAAUCCGCUAGGCAGCUUUUUGAUGAUUCCCCAGAGAAAACCUUGGCUUCUUGGAAUGCUAUGGUGUCAGGAUAUGCUCAAAAUGGGCAAACAGAAAUGGCGAUAUCUCUGUUUCGAGAAAUGCAGGAGUUUGAAAUCCGUCCAAAUCCUGUCACAAUUACCAGUAUUCUGUCAGCAUGCGCUCAACUAGGAGCUCUAAGUUUAGGGAAAUGGGUACAUAAUUUGCUAAACAAAGAGAGUUUUGAGUCCAACAUUUAUGUGUCAACUGCUUUAAUUGACAUGUAUGCAAAGUGUGGAAGCAUUGCAGAGGCACGGCAGUUAUUUGACUCUGUACAGGAGAAAAACGUGGUCACAUGGAAUGCCAUGAUUUCUGGCUAUGGCCUCCAUGGUCAUGGACGUGAAGCUCUAAACCUAUUCACUAAAAUGGUGGAGUCAAGAAUUUCGCCAACUGGGGUUACUUUCCUUUCUGUCUUAUACGCUUGCAGUCAUUCUGGCUUUGUGAGAGAAGGAGAGGAAAUUUUCUAUUCUAUGGUUCAUGAUCAUGGUUUUGAGCCCUUGGCAGAGCAUUAUGCAUGCAUGGUUGACCUUCUUGGUCGGGCAGGAAAAUUGGAUGAGGCCCGGGAAUUUAUCAACAAAAUGCCUGUUCUGCCAGGUAGUGCUGUGUGGGGUGCAUUACUUGGUGCUUGCAUGAUUCAUAAGGACAAAAACAUGGCACAGUUGGCUUCUAAUAAGUUGUUUGAACUGGACCCAGAGAACGUAGGAUACUAUGUCCUACUCUCAAAUUUAUACUCAGCUGACCGGAACUAUCCUCAAGCUGCUUCAGUACGGCAGGUGGUUAAGAGGAGAAAUCUGGAAAAGACUCCUGGGUGUACUCUAAUAGAAAUUAAUGAGACCCUGCAUGUCUUUACAUCCAACGACCGGUCUCACCCACAAAGAGAGGCAAUAUACUCAAAGCUGGAAAAGUUGAUGGGAGAGAUGAGGGAAGCUGGAUUUCAGACAGAGACUGUCACAGCAUUCCACGAUGUGGAAGAGGAAGAGAAGGAGCUAAUGGUAAUGGUUCACAGUGAGAAGUUGGCCAUUGCAUUUGGGCUCAUAGCUUCUGAACCAGGAACAGAGAUCAGGAUCAUCAAGAACCUUCGGGUUUGUUUAGACUGCCAUAAUUUUACGAAAUUCAUAUCCAAGAUCUCAGAGAGGGUUAUUGUUGUAAGGGAUGCUAAUAGGUUCCAUCAUUUCAAAGAUGGUGUGUGUUCUUGUGGAGAUUAUUGGUGAUAAUGGUUAUUUUCUUCAACGGUGAAGGUGUAUGAGGUCAGAUUUUUGAUUUGCAUAAAGUAGUCAUGAAAGUCUGCUGAUCAACAUGGCUGCAAGUGGGUUGGCAUGUUUUAGUUUAACCGGACUAUGAACAAAUUCAUGCCAGGACCAGGUGGUGAUACCAUUUACUUUUGAGAUUCAUAUUGGUCAGUUGAUCUCCAUGUCCCUAUAGCCUAUCGCACACGAAGUGUCUGUAAAUUCAUUCUCCAGAUAUAUCUCAGUGAAAGCUGUUGUGAGGAGACCUUAGUGCGUGCGGCUAAUGAUAUGAUUGAGCGGAUAAUCAAAACCAUAUCUACAUCCUAAGAUUCCUAACUAUACCAUUGACAUUGUUCAUUUGGGAAAAAUCAGAACAGCGUGCACAUGUCCUUGGGUCAUAGGCCGAGUGAAAUGUCAUUGUUUUCCAUUCUGGCACAAAGUGCUUUGACAGUGAGAAUUUCUGUUAUUUGCAAACCGAAUUCAAUAAACUCCAAUUUUGGAAUUUUGACUGAAUCUGCUUCUGAAUUUCAGUCCAUAAGCCCUUUUGUAUGAUGUUCUGCAACUUAAAUUAUCCCUUAAGCUGUUU